GUGGUCGUGGAGAGCCGCCCCUCCAAGGAGCUCAGCAAGCAGGUGGAGGAAGAGGUGAUCUCCUCGCUGUGUCCUGGUGCUUCUUGGUGGUCUCCGAGUGGUAUCCUGAUUCCUCGUGGUCUCCUCGCGAGUAUCUGUUCGGUCUCCUAG